AUGUCUCUUUACCGUAUCGGCGUCGACGUUGGCGGCACAAACACCGAUGCUGCCAUCCUCGACAUCACAACCCCUAACACUCCCGGCCGCGGCGUUCUCGCAUCUCACAAAGCCUCAACAACACCGGACAUAACCAGUGGUAUCGAGUCAGCAAUACGAGAAGUCCUGACGACCUCUGCUGUCGAUCAAAAGAAAGUUCUCAGCGUCACUAUCGGCACGACGCACUUCAUCAAUGCUUUGGUCGAAGCCGACACCCGCAGACUCAGCCGCGUUGCUGUCAUCCGCCUCUGUGGCCCUUUCACGAGACAGAUCCCGCCCUUCUCUGACUUCCCGUCUGGCCUGAGGAGAAUCCUAGACGGAGGGUUGUAUUACCUGGACGGCGGGCUGGAGAUUGACGGCCGAGAGAUUGCGCCGCUAGAUCAUGAGCAAAUCAGAAAGGCUGCGAGAGAGAUUGUUGCUGCCGGUGUGCAAGCAGUUGCGCUCGUUGGUGUUUUCGCGCCUCUGGAUCAUGCUUGCGUGCACGAGGAGACCUGCAAGAAGAUUAUCCUGGAAGAAGCGCCGGGGUUGGAUGUCGUCUGCUCUCAUGACAUUGGCCCGCCUGGCUUGCUCGAGCGAGAGAAUGCCACGAUUCUCAAUGCAGCCAUCCUCAGAACAGCGCAGAAGGUUACGCGUGGCUUCAAGCGAGCAAUGACUCGUCUGAGGCUGGCUUGCCCACUGUUCCUCUCGCAGAACGACGGCACGCUCAUCGAUGCGGAUACUGCAGCGGGGUAUCCAAUCAAGACAUUCGCCAGCGGUCCGACGAAUAGUAUGACCGGUGCUGCCUUUCUUGCAGGCCUAGACAAGAUCAAGACAAUGAACACAGAUCCUUCUGAUGCUUCAGUUGCCGAUGCCGUUGAGCCGCAACUGUUGGUGAUCGAUAUCGGUGGCACGACAACAGAUGUCUGCGCCUUACUUCCAUCGGGUUUCCCAAGGCAGGCUCCGGGAUUUGUCGAGGUCGGCGGGGUAAGGACGGCCUUCUCAAUGCCAGAGGUCGUCUCCAUCGGUCUAGGUGGCGGCAGCAAGGUGGGCGUACACUCUACAUCAGGAGAUGUGACUGUUGGUCCAGGGUCGGUUGGGCAUUUCCUCACCCAGCAGUCGAGAGUAUUUGGCGGCUCCACGCUGACCGCAACGGACGUUGUCGUGGCCUCUGGAAAGGCCCAUCUCGGAGACGCCGAUCUGAUCAAAGACGUUCCCGCCGAAACAAUUGAGAAGGCGCGUCGCAGGAUCAAAACAAUGCUCGAGGGUGUCAUUGAGCAGAUGAAAGUAUCUGCCGCCCCGGUGCACGUUCUUUUGGUGGGCGGAGGAGCGCUCCUCGUCACUGAGGACUUAGAUGGCGUCGAAAAGUGCAUCCAGCCGAUUCAUCAAGGCGCGGCCAAUGCCGUUGGAGCCGCAAUUGGUAAAAUUUCUGGAGAGGUCGACGUCAUCGAAAUUUUGGAGGGCAGGGAUGAGAAAGCUGUUGUCGCAGCGACUUGCCAGAAGGCAAUUGACAUGGCUGUUCAGAAGGGCGCGUCAGCGGACGAUGUGCGCAUCGUGGAGGUGAACAAGAUGCCAUUGCAGUACGUCGACAACGGGGCUAUGAGAAUCCAGGUCAGAGCUGUAGGCAAGCUUUGCGUGCCGGAGAAUCCUGUAUUUCCUCCAGAGAGCGGCGACACUGCUCUGGAAGAGGAACAGGAGGACGAGGCGGUGAAGGAAAGCGUCCCCGAUGCUUUAAGUCCCACAACAAAGCCAUCACUCCAUGUAGACCUCGAGACGUACCGACCAAAUGUGGAAGAUGGGGUUUGGUACGUUUCUGAGGUAGACCUCGAGCUGAUUUCGACUGGCUGCGGUGUCCUGGGCACCGGAGGUGGAGGCCCGACGCAUCAUGAGUUCCUUAAGAGUCUACAGGCCUUGAGGACAAGUGAGACAGGCAAAAUGCGGAUCAUCUCACCGAAGGCAUUGAAAGACGAGGAUAUGGUAUGCUUUGGAUCGUGGUAUGGCACGCCCAGUGUCAUCAAUGAGAGAAUCGCUGGUGGCACGGAGAUCCCAAGCGGUAUUGACGCAGUCACCAAGAUUCUGGGAAUCAAGUCUCUCGACGGCAUUUUUAUCGAUGAGAUUGUCAGCGGCGGUGGAAACGGCCUGAGUAUCUUUCCCACGAGUGUCCACUACGACAUCCCCGUUGUCGAUGGCGAUGCCAUGGGAAGAGCGUACCCAACGAUGUACCAAGAGCGCUUCCUGAGGACCGCAGCGAUUGAACUCGGUCUUGGAUGUGCCGUUUGCGCCAGACCCCUUCCUGGGUCGGCCAUCAAGUCUCAUGGCGUCCCUAACACAGUAUCACAGGCAUGGUAUCUUGGACGUGCGGUCCAUAUGGCCCGGAGAAGGAAGUCCAACUACAUAGAUGCAAUCUUUGAUGUUUGUGCCGGCAAACUCCUCUUCACCGGCAAAAUCAUUGAUGUCAGACGCUACGUCGGCGGGGGCUACACGAUGGGCAGCGUCCUUCUCGCCCCUCUCGCUGACGAAGAGCGCGACUCCGAUCCUCGCGGACCCUCGAACGCCGACCGCCAUAUGCUCAUUCCUUUCCAGAACGAGUAUCUCUACGCUGCUCUAACGAACUCUGAGGGAUCCGAAAAAGACCAGGAAGUCAUCUGCACCGUGCCAGAUCUCAUCUCCAUCCUCGGCCAGGAUGGGGAAGCGAUUGGCUCACAAGAUCUGCGGUAUGGCUUGCGUGUGAACGUCAUUGGGCUACCUGCGCAUCCCUUGUGGAAGACAGAGAAGGGAAUGCCUGUGGGAGGGCCAAAGGCCUUUGGACUGGAGAUGCCCUUUGUUGGGGUCGGGGAGUACACGGAGCCGAGGAGCGUCAUUGAAGAGUUUUCGGCGUAA